GAGUUUGCAGAGAGCUUGUCGCCCUCAUUCGCAGUCCCGACUCAUCUCUAAGAGGCAGGUGAAUCCAAGUGAUUUGGGACAACGGUCCCUAAGGAGUCUGUCCUCCCUCUUCCCCAACCGACUGCUGGGAAUCUCCGUGAGAUUGGUGAAAAGCCGAUCGGUGCGGUGUGUUGCGGCUGACCCGAGGAGAACCGCAGUGGAGCCAUGGGCGCAGGGAGCUCGACAGUGACGGCGCAGCCGGGGUCGCCGCAGGAUGCACCCGAGCCGGGAGCUGCAGGGGCCCCAGCGCUAGCGGAGCAGGAGAACAGCAGCCCCUCUUCGGAGGCUGCAGCCACAGCUGCAGCAGCUGCGCUGGAACCCCCGGUAGACCACGACACGAGCGCAGCCCCCGCUUCCCCCAAGCUUCUACAGAAGAAUGGGCAGAUAAACAACAUUAAUGGAAUAACAGAAGGGCAAACAGGAGACACACAAGAACAGCAAGAAGCAAUUGUUUUAGAUGUUGGACAAAGAGACUCCGAAAACAUGAUUGAAAAAGAUGAGCUGGAUAAUACUCUGGUAGCUAGAUCAGCAUCUAGUGUGCAGGAUGUUCAGGGGACUGUGCAUGAAAUAAUUGAGCAAAUGCCUUUGUCAGAAGAUAACAUAGAAGAGUUGGAGCAACCUACAGAAUCUCACUCAAAUGAUGUUGGAUUUAAAAAGGUGUUUAAGUUUGUUGGCUUUAAAUUUACUGUGAAAAAGGAUAAGAAUGAUAAGUCUGACCCUGUUGAAUUACUCACAGUCAAAAAAGAUGAAUAUGAUGAUGGAGAAGCAAAUGGAGCUGAUGAUUAUCAAGAUUCUGGUUCAGAAAAUGAAGCAUUAUCUAAAGAGAUUGAAUCAACUCAGUUAGUUGGGACAGAUGAAGAAAGCCAAAAAGAGAGUGCAGAUCCUGAGGAAGGCAAGAAUUCUGAUGAAGAGAAACAAGAAAAAGUAGGCAACAAAUCUUCUGAAUCUGAAAGUAUAUCAUCAUUCAAAAAGUUUUUCAGUCUAGGUUGGGCUGGCUGGAGAAAAAAGACCAGUUAUAAGAAAUCUAAGGAGGAUGAGCCAGACACUUCUGAGAAGAAAAAGGAACAAGAAGUGGGGAAAGGUGAUAUAGUUGAAAUUUAUGAAGGAAAGAAAAAGGAUACUGCUGAACAAUCAACUGAACAUCUACCCCACCAUGAAAUCAUUGAAAGUACACAAGAUUCCAGUGUGUCUGAAAAUGAAAAGGUACAUAGGUCUCCUGAAGAUCAAGUUCAAGGACAAAUACUUUCUGAAGAGAAAGCUGCUCCUUUAGCCACAGAAGUGUUUGAUGAAAAGGUAGAAACAGUAGCAGAAGUUCAUGUCAGUACUGUGAAAGAGCAAGAACAAAGAGAAAAUCAAAGUGAUGAGGUAGAACAUGUUGUUGGCUCUUUUGUCCUUGCAGCAAUUGAAACAAAUGCAGAUUUGAAGAAAGCUGAAGUGACAGAGAAGUUGGUCAAGACCAAAGAAGUGGUAUGUGCUUCUGGAGAUGAUUAUGUUAAACUAGCUGAACCAAGUCCUGAAGUAUCAGUCUUGUGUCAGCAACAUGAAGGCAUCACAAAUGAGGUAGAAAUACUGUCCUCACAAGAAAGAGGGAGAUUGCAAGGAAGCCCAUUAAAGAAACUUUUUAUUGGUACUGGAUUAAAAAAACUGUCUGGAAAGAAACAUAAGGGGAAAAGAGGAGAUGAUGAAAUGAAGCCAGACGAAUCAGGGGAGCUUACACAAGUGUCAGAAGAUUCUCCAGAAACUCCAGAGGAACAAAAAGGUGAAAGUUCUGCUUCAUCCCCUGAAGAACUGGCUGAGGUAACCUCUGUAGAGAAAGGUAUUGUAGAAGUACCACAGGAGGUUGAGAUUGAAGAAGAAGGGGCUGUUUCAGAUGGAGAGAAAAAGAGAGAAGGUGUCACUCCCUGGGCCUCUUUUAAAAAGAUGGUGACACCCAAGAAACGUAUUAGAAGGCUUUCUGAAAGUGAUAAGGAAGAUGAAAUUGAGAAAGUAAAGAGUGCUACUCUUUCUUCAACUGAAAGUGCAGUCUCUGAUAAUCAGGAAGAGAUGAAAGGACAUGGGGAGGAUCAGAAGAUAGAAGAGCCAAAGCGUAAGGUUGAUACUUCAGUGUCCUGGGAAGCCUUAAUUUGUGUUGGAUCUUCCAAGAAAAGAGCAAGGAAGUCAUCAUCUUCUGAUGAAGAAGGAGUUUCUAAAGUUGUUAAUGGAGAUUUCCAGAAAACAGAAGAUGCAGGAAAAAGUAAAGAAUCUGGGACUGAAAUAACACACAUGAAUUCCCAUGAAGUUGAUCAAGGGCAGAUAAAUUCUUCCCCUGAACUAGCUGGAAGCCCAGUUGAAGGAGAGGGAGUUUCCACAUGGGUGUCAUUUAAAAGAUUAGUUACUCCAAGAAAAAAGUCAAAAUCAAAAAUGGAAGAGAGAAAUGAGGAAUCUGUAACUAUUUCUGGCAUAGAACAUUCUCUUUCAGAGAUAGAACCUGUGAAAGAAGAAUCUUGGGUUUCAAUCAAGAAAUUCAUUCCUGGUCGGAGAAAGAAAAGGUUAGAUGGGAAACAAGAACAAAUUCCUGCUGAAGAAGACCAAACAGGAGUUAAUGAAGAUGAUUCUGACAUCCCAGCUGUUGUUCCUUUAUCUGAAUAUGAUGCAGCAGAACAAGAGAAAAUUGAAGCCCAACGAGUAAAAAACAUUAAAGCAGAAAAAACAAGUCUGCAUGAGGAGAAAUCUGAUCAAGUAGAAGGUCCAAAAACAGGGGAGACAAUUGAGGGAGUUAGUGUGACUGUUGUAGAGGGGGAGAGAGCAGUUACAAGUAUUGAAGAAAGGUCACCAUCCUGGAUUUCUACUAAAAUUACAGAACCUGUUGAAGAAGCAUCAGAUCAGCCAAAACAACAGACUGAGAUGUUUGAAAAAGAGGUCCUUGUUGAAAUACCCGUUGCUAAAACCUUGCCAGAUAUAAAAGACACUAGCAGUGAUAUGAUUGUUAGUGAGCUAGAGUUAACUUCUGAAGCAGUGACAGUUCCAGAAGAGGCAACAGAAAUAACCGAAGCCUCUUGUGCAGAAGAGACUACUGAAAUGGUUUCUGCAGUUUCACAGUUGACUGACUCUCCUGAUACUACAGAAGAAGCUACACCUGUGCAGGAGGUUGACACACCAGAUUUAGAAUCUCUAAAGCAACAAACUCAGGAAAUAAUUCAGGCAGUUAUAGAGAAAGUUAAACAAUCUGAAGAAUCUGAAGCGAUUACAGAAACGAUUGUUUCAGGGGACACGUUUUCAACAGUUCAGAGUCUUGAAACUAAAAUACCAGAGAAAGUGAAUGAGAAAAAAUCUGAACAAAGUGGUGAUCACCAAAGGAUCAGCUUAGAAAUUGGAGAAGCAGCUGGGUUAGAUAACACUAAAGUGAUGCAUGCUGAGGUGCAGGAAGAGGUACAAGGAACAAAAACUGAAGAUAAAACCAUUAAUGAUGGUCAACAAGAAAUAAUUGAACAAACACCUUCAAAAACCUUACAUAAGUUUAAUGAAGUUGAAAGGAGUUUAGAAGUGAAGGAAUGUAGAACAUACAAUGAUUUUACAACUUAUCACAUUGAGAGUACAGGCACUGAGACAUCACAAAUUCCAAUGAAACGGAAAACACCAGUUGAAAUAAAUAUAGAUGGAGGUACUCUCCUAGUACAUUUUGAAGAUAUAAGUAUAAAGCAGCAAGAAGGCAGUGACGGUGAUUCUGCACCUGCAUUAGGAUCUGAAAUUGUAGAAACAACAAUGGUCACUGUAUCGAGUGAUAAACCUCCAGAAAGUCCUGGUUUCCAGGCUUCACAGGGAAAUAAAGAACAGUCUAAAGUGGAAGAGAAACAGAUAGUUACACAAACAUUACAGAACAUUUCAGGAACUGAAGUGGUGCCAGAUUCAGGUUCCAUUGUUGAUCAGGAAAUGAAAGAUACAAACAUUACAAAAGAACCAAUCUCUUUAGACGUGGAAGUGAUGGAAUUACCUGAUCAGACCAAGAUACACCAAGUUGAACUGAAAGAUGAAAAAGUUACUGAAGAAGAGAUUGGACUUCAAAAUCGAAUCAGUUCUCACUCAGCUUCAGUGAAAGAAGAGGUCUUGAUUCAGGAAGAGACACUAUCCUCAGAAAUUCUCAAAAUGCAGAGCUCUAAGACUCAAAAAGCAUCUUUACCAUUAACAGCUGCAGCAAUAGUAGAAGAGGCUAUAGCAGAAGCCGUCAAACUUUCAGAAACAUCAGUUCAAACUCUGGAUUCUGUAAAUGUUCAAUUAAUAACUGAAAAAAUACCCUCUGAAAGCCUGAAAGACUCUGACAUUGCUUGGAAAGACCAAGAAGUACUCAUGGAAAAGCAGUCUCUAGCAGAAUCUGUACUUCAAGAAAAAGCAGAAACAGUAGUGGUAUCUGCUACUACAGAGACUAUCAAAAGUUCUGGUUUCAUAAAAAGACCACAAGAAGGGUCUCAGAAACUCUCAGAUGCAGCCAGUGUUGAAGUGGUUUCUCAGGUAGUCGAACCACCUCUAAGCCAAGUAGAACUUGGAAAGGAUGAAGAUACGUUAAACAUCAAAACUCAGAAUACCAUAAUGCAGACUGCUGUUGAUCAACUUGGUAAUGACAAAGAUCUAAGCACUCAAACUUCUGCACUUAAUGCAGAAGGUCAGGCUCAGAUAAGAAAAUCUGAAGAAAAUGUAUCUGAAAGAGAUGAAAAUGAACUGAUAGCACAGCGUGAAAUUAAAUAUUUUACAACUGAACACUUGGGGCCAGCAGCUUUUGAGCAAACUUCAGAAACUCUAAUUUUUGAUAUUUACAAAGAUGCCUCUUUUUCUGAAAGUUUUGAAAAUAUAGUGGCCGUUGAGGUACAGACAUCUGAAGAAGCCAUUGAAACAAAGACUGGGCCAGAAAUUGACAGUGCAAUGUCAGGAGAAGUAUCUGAUAAGCUAAAAUAUGUACCUAAAAGAGAAACUGAAGAUGACAUUGUAGUUGAAUAUUCAGAUGACCCAAAAUUAGUACCAAGAGAAAGUUAUGACAUAGACCUAUGCAGAGAGUCCUUAGAUUCCAACGGACUAAAACUAAAGGAAACUGUCCAGGGUCUGGAAUGCCAAGAAAGACUAGUAGUUCAGAUAGAAAAGGAAAUUUAUAACCAGUCAGUAGAAGAUAUCAAGACACAGACAAAAGAAGAGGUACAUAAAAAUGAUGAGCCUUGUGAGUCGCCACCGAAAUCGGCACUGAAGAAAUCCUGAGGCAUAAUUUAAUUCAGAAUGUAUAUCGUAGGACCAGAAUGUGAAGAAGGCCAUGUAAGAAAGUGAAGGCUGCUGCUGAUUAGACUCAAGAAUAAUGUUCCUGAUCUGUGAGAACAGAAGAUUAGGUCUUACUACCUGAAGCCAUUCCUAGAGAGCCACUGACAACCCUGAGACAUCAGGAGCUAUACUCAUCAUUCUUUUAAGUUUGGAUGUUAACAUGUCAUUUCCUCUUUUUGAGACAUUUCUCUUUUUUCACUUGAUAACAUGUGAUGUUUCUGAUUUAAUGACCUUACUUCUGAACCUUGAGAGGAGUUGGAAACAUUUAGUUUCUUAUAUUCCCAAACUUAGUUUAAAAUUCUUCCAAAACUGGAGUGUAAUUCUUUGUGUAUUUAUAUGUAUAUCUUAAAUAAACUUUGUUCUGUUUUUAUUGUAUAUUUUCCUUCACUUACUGGUUAAGGAGAUAUUGUCAUACAUUAUUUGAAGUGCUGAGCGCACAUGACUAUAGUUAAAGCCCUGUGGAGUUUGGAGCCACAAGCAAACAAUAAAUGAGGCUUCAUUUGCGACUUUCAUGAGAGAUCUUCCUACUUCAAAGGAACAAUUCCUACUUUAGAUAUUCAUUCAUGUUUAUAUCCCCAUUUCUAUCAUUACUCUAAAAGAGCGGCUCUUUCACUCUGUAGAGUGAAAAUUUGUGGAAGAGAGUCACUUUGCUGAUGGAUUUUGCUUUAAGCUCUGGUGAAAGUUGUCAGGAAGUCUCAAGAAUGUCAAAUUCUGCAAAAUUUUAGGCCCUCCUUGAUCAUUUCAGAAUGGAUGUUUAGACAUGAAUGUGUACUGAGCAAAAGAAAAAUGUUUUUGAUGUUACAGAGAAAAGAAUACAUUGCUUAAAGUUUUUAGAUUCUAUUGUUCUUGUAUCCUAUAUCAUAUCCACACACACACAGCAUGAAAUAAGACAAGUUCUUUAGAAAGUGGUUUUUGAUAGAUAUUAGAUUAUGUCUUCUCCAUAUAUAUAUAUAUAUAUAUAUAUAUGCCCACUUGUCUCAACAGUGUUUCAUUAUGUUCAUAUACAUUUGGUAAACUGUGAUUUGACAAGUGAUUUAAAUAAAAUAUUUGCUUACACUUAGGUUUGUUGGUCUUAUUAGAAUGUAGGAAACCUGGAACUACGUAAAAGCAUUUGUGCCAUUGUAUUAAUCAAAUCAGGUAGGCAUGAACUGCUAAGCUCUGAAUGGAUUAAGGGGGAAAUCAAAGCAUCAUUUUAAAAGAUGGCUGUUUUACAGAAGUUUAACAGACGUUAAAUACAGCAUAUUUAAAACCUGUGUUUAGUGGCAGAGCUUUAUUUUGCCAUUGCCAAAGACUAGCCACCUACUGUAUGUCAUUAUUGGUACAAUUCCACCAUCUGGUGGUGGUUUCUUGAAAGUUACUCAGUUUUCUGGGGUAUGGUUAUCAUCCUCACUUUAAAAUUGCUUAACAUUUAAAUAGCAAAUUAUUCUGUGAAGAAAUCCCAUAAAUAAAAAGUACUUGGGGUAAUACCUAAAAAAUUUGGGAAAAUGUCAGAAUACUUCCAAUUAUGAUCUUUCACACAAAUUAGCAUGAAAAGUUUUAAACAUUGGAGGCCUUUGUUAUUAUGUAAUUGUCACAUGUAAUGUCUUACUAUGUUUAUGUCUUUGUAGUGUUGCUUUUUCAUUUUCUAAGUUACUAAUAUUAACAUUAAAUAUUUAACAGCUGGAGAACUAAGACCUGCAAAUCCAUUUGGUCAAAAUGUCUCUCCUUUCCCCAUUUAAUUUACUGGUUACUUAUGAAACUGGAAGAUAUUUCCUCUGCUGUUGAGAGCAAGCAUGGCUACUUAAGAAAAAUUAGCCAUAGAAUUUUGCUAUUCACCUUAGGGCACUUCAUAUUAAAUAAUGCACAAUGGCCUUGACAAUAUAUUCGGGGAGAUAUAAUUUUAUGAGGCUGUAUGGAGUAGUGAAUAGUAGGUUGACCUGGAAGAACUCUGUUUCAGUCCUGUCCAAUAUAUUGCUUCUGUGACCCUGAGUAAAUAAAUGUAAACUUUCAGUGCUUUAGCCAGUCCUCUUAAGACCAUAAACUGCAAAGAAAGAGCUUAUCUGCAUGUUGAAUGCAUGAGGAAAAACUCACUUAGGAAUUUUCAGUACCAGUGAAACAUUUGCUUGCUCUCAUUAGAAGACAAUAUAUUUUAAGGUACAAGCAAAACUGGUAUUGUGUCAAAUCUAUUAUAUAUUCCUUUCUAAAAUAGCUGUGAAGCUCUUUGCUCAAACAUGAGUAUGGGAUUUACCUAAAUCAUGCAAAAAUCAUUAAAAUAGUUCUAAGUAAACGCCCUUAUUUCUUUCCCCCUAACUGCCUCAACUUUGGAAAAUUGCAGUCAUCAAAACCCAUUCUCCAGAAAUUAUAUUAGUGAUUUUUUUUUUUUAGUUACUAAUACCAGAAUGUGUUGUGAGAUGUUUUUAAAAUCAGAAAUCGUAUACCCAUAUCCCCGUUACAACUGCAGCAUGCAAUUUUGAUAGAAUUUUUAAAGGUGUUCUUAAUGUAUAAAAUUCCGUUUAGAACUCCAGGUUAGCUGCAGCUAAUGUAAAUUGUUUGAAGGAGUUGGGGAACAAGUGAUAUAUGAUAUCUUGUACUCUAGAAAGUACAACUGUUGCAAACUUGACAUUUCUUGUUAUUGAGGAUUAUGACAGUUCCCUGAUGUUAUUUUAUUAAUGGUACAAAUUACACAUCUGUAACAGAUAGUUUGUUCCAAUAUUUUGCCUUGAUCUCUGGAACUCCAAAUAUUCAGCUGAGGGCUGUAGAUUUUAACUUGGAUUUAAGCUUUAAGCUUUGCAACUUCCCAAGGCAUUGGGUUACAAGAUAUUUCAUGAAUUUUGUUUUUUUUUAGUUCAAAUUUUCAUUUGUCUAAAUAAAGUAUAAUCAAAUGC